UCAUGACAAAGCGAAAGUUCCCCCUGUCAUGAUUUCAGAAUCGUACUUUGGUUUCAUUAAGUAGACCUACCCUAUAAAAGUCCAUUUAGUUGGUAGAGAUGUACAUGCACUAACAAGCUAGUGACUUGAACGGAAGAACUUUGUGGUGGAAACUGUUAGACUGCCACACUUGACCAAUCGACAUACACAAGAUGGAAGCUGGCAUCCUGUUUACAUUUAUUUUAUUGACCACCUCAGUCCAGUCAAGAAUCAUCGACCUGUCCCAUGACCACGGUCCAAACACUGUGAUGGCUAAUCGUCAGCCUCAUUACAACUGGACUCAAAUAUUUCAGGGCGAUAUUUUACCAGGAGUUUACGCUGAGACAGGGGCGUAUUACACAGCGGAGCACGGAGGAACCCACAUAGACGCCCCGGCACAUUUCACUAGAGGCGGCCUUAGGUUAGAAAAAGUGACUGUUGAAAUGACCAUUGCUGAAGGUGUUAUGAUUGAUUGUUCCUUUGAGGCCAGUAGAAACAGAUCCUACCUGGUUCCGUUACAAAAGAUAUUGGACUGGGAGGCUGUCAAUGGCUGUAUACCAGACAAUGCAGCUGUCAUCUUUAAUUUUGGUUGGUCUCAGUACUUCCACAGCGUUGAACUUUACGAAGGAUCCGCCAAUGAUAUAGUGCAAGAGAUGUCAUUUCCGGCUAUUGGCAAAGAGGCUGGCCUAUUUCUCUUGGAACAACGCAACAUUAAGAUCAUAGGCACCGACACUGCCACCCCUGAUCCCUUCAACACAGGCGAGAUGCCCAUUCACCAGAACUACCUCCCGAAGAACAGGCUGAUCGUAGAAGAUCUGAAAGAUACUGGACUGCUUCCAGCUAAAGGAUUCCGCUUUCACGCUUCACCUGUAAAGUACGUCGGGGCCACCGGAGCCCAAGUUAGGGCUUACGCCAUGACCUAUGACCUCCCAGAGUCAGACGAAACGGGCUUCGCUGGAGCUCCACGACAAGGAUCUCACUGGAUAAAUAUUGUAUUAUGUCUACAAAUGAUUGUGGUGGCUCUAUAUAGAACAGCCAUGUAACACACGAAAUGCCAUUCUAACAGCUGUUUUUGAAACAUUGAAUUAGUUGUAAGUGUACAAAUCGUUAUACGGAUUAAAGAUUUUCUUUAAAAAAAUACUGAA